AUGUAUUCUUUUCAAAGGUCAGGCUCCACCGCCAAAAUUGAUCCGCAGUAUGAGCCCUUCAUCAGGCAUUCAGACGUCGAUACACUUCCGUCCAUCGAAGAAUACCCACACGAGAUUAAUAGAACACCUAAGCUACUAGCUAGUGUGUUUGGUAUUAUUGCAAUAACAUCGACCUUUUGGAUCAUGGUCAUCGUCACUAUCAAUCAUCCUUUUGGAACCAAACACGCACCCGGCAGCUGGGACCGCCACAACAUCACAUCUAAUGCACGACUCCUGGAAUGUGGCAAUUCCACCAUGGAAGCCAAAGCCCUCGGCUGCCAAUAUGAUGUCUUACUUAAUAGCUGGGUACCAGAGCCGUGUCUGGAGAGGGAUUUCAUUGAUGAGUAUCUGGACGAUGACAGCUGGACUGCUUAUCGCGAUGAGGCCAUGACCCAGCCAAUCCCGACCAUUGAGGAAAUGUCAGAGAUCGAACUCUACUACACCUCACUGAGAGAUCACAUGAAUCAUUGCGCUAUGAUGUGGAAAAGACAGUUUUGGGUGCUCUAUAAGGAAAAACCUGCCAUUGAUACUAUGAGUGCCAGCCCCCGCCAUACCGACCAUUGCGCUCUCUUCCUCGCCGACUCACGCGACGUUAAUCUAACCCAAUCAACCAAAGUCGACAGAAGUUUUGCGGGCUGUUGGAUCAGGGAUAUUUGA